AUGGACUUUCUGGUACUGGGCCAGGUCACAGCUGAUCAGCCAUCCUCUUCUCUUCCAUUGACAAAUUGGGCACCGCCAUCCGGCAUGCAAUUGGCAGAUCCCGAGUUCAACGUGUCAGGACCGAUAGAUCUGGUACUUGGGUCGCAAUAUUUCCAUAUACUCGAUGGUGGCCGGAUUCAAAUUCGCAAGCUCGACAGUGCUCUUCCAGCUUUCGUCAAUACCGUGUUCGGUUGGGUAGCUACUGGAGAAUCCGAAUGGCCUAAAAACAAAACGGUGGUUAAUUGUCAUCUAGCAACUACAGGAACUCUCGACACGACAAUGCAGAAAUUUUGGGCGAUCGAAGAAAUGAUAGAAAAACCAAUACGAUCCCAAGAGGAAGAAGACUGCGAGCAACACUUCCAAGCAACAAAAGAUCGUGACUCUACCGGUCGAUACAUAGCACAGUAUCCGAAGAAGAUUGGUUUCCACGAGAAGAUCUGCGAUUCUAGGAACACGGCUUUGCGACGAUUCGAUCAACUGGAUAGGAGGUUAGGAAAGGAUCCAAAUUUGCAUCGACAGUAUAGCGAUUUUCUUCAAGAGUACCUCGAUAUGGGCCACAUGAAACUUAUCGGGACAUUGCAAGAUAUAAAGGAUGAAGGACGAACCGUUUGUUACCUCCCCCAUCAUCCCGCCUUUAAAAAGACUAGUUCAACAACAAAGGUCAGGGUGGUAUUCGAUGGUUCCGCAAAGACAAGUACUGGUUCAUCGCUCAAUGGUUCGCUCCUCACAUGUCCGGUCAUCCAAGACGAUUUGUUGGACUAA